AUGGAGGAGGAGGAGGAACGAGUUGUCGAGCUGGCUCGUCGAGCUGCGGUCGCGCCACCCACGCGGUCGCCCGUGAAGAGUGUGUCGCCGCCCGAGUCUAGGGCAUGCGAACGACUAUCCCGUGCUCGCUCGGUCCACGGAUUUGUGCUGUACAAAACCGUCAUCUGCAAGUACUGGGAACUGAAAAUGGCGUGUCCGAAAGGGACGCGCUGUACCUACGCACACGGCCCCAAGGAAUUGCGCCCGCCGCAUGUGUCUUCCCACGCGAAGCAAACCUCGCCCAGGUGGAAGGAUCGCGGCGAGCUCGUCGCAGUAUCGGAGCAUACACAUCAAGAACAGCGAGUAUCUGGGGCCCGAAACAAGUCUAUUCGAUCUCUGUCACCAACGGAGACGAGGUCUCAUGAUGGAGAACGCCGUCACCUUGAAGAGGCUUUGAUAACGCACUCCAGUGCGGCACCCGCAACGAUCAGAAAGCGACGUCGAUCGAUGGAUCUGCCAUGGGGGCGAGGUCUCCGCAAUAUUUCAAAGAAGCGACGCAAGCGUCGACUCUCGGCGAGUUCGACCGGAUCAGGGUCCUCGGGGCUUGAUGAUCCGGACCCAAGGCGUCGCGAUCGUUCGUUGAACCCGUCGAUACCGCCCCGGGUGAAGCGGGAUGACUCGAACGAUGACGACUUUGAUGAGGAUGACCACAUCUUGUUGUCAUUCGUGGAGCCUAUCGCCGAAGACGACGAUGAUUCGAUAGCGGGUGAUCAAGACGAGGAUCCGUACUCGCCACUUUACUCACCCUUUUCGAUCAUUGAGACCGAUUCGGAGCCGACCCCUCAAUCUCGAGAGCGAUCGACCGUUUCGCCCUGCUUGGAAAAGGUUUGUCGGCCAGGAUCACCGCUCGCACCGAUGUCUUCAGUGGCGCCAGUACAGAUUCAACCACUCUUUCCACCCCUCGCGCCAACGGCAACUGCGUCUGCAUCUGCACCCGCGCCAGCGCCAGCGCCCGCGCCCGCACUUCCGUUUCCACCGGCGCCGACACCCCAACCUCGACCCGCCAGCCCUGUCGUCAUCGGGGAUAGGCUCGUGCCUUCGGACCGCGACUACUUCCGCACUUACUUUACCGAGCUCGCGCGUCGCAAAAAGACCGUCCGACCCAUCCCUUGA